GAACAUGGCGUCCUAAACUGCGUCACGGGGGUGGGCGGUCAUAAAAAAAAAUAGACGGGUGUGUUAGACAGCAGAAGGUGUAUUUUUCUCCUGAAUGACCCAGUAGUAAUAAGAUAGUGGAGCAGAGGGACGUGUGAGUAAUUACACCUCAUCAUGGAUGAACUACAUGAUGUACAGCUGACGGAAAUCAAACCACUGCUCACAGAAAAGAGUGCUGCUCAAAACUUUCAAGAUAUUGACUGCCAGGAGCAUGAUAUCGAAACUCCACAUGGUGUUCUUCAUGUCACAAUGCGAGGAUCCCCUAAGGGGAACAGACCAGUCAUUUUAACUUACCAUGAUAUUGGCCUCAACCACAAGUCUUGUUUUAAUGCACUGUUUAACUUUGAGGAUAUGCAAGAAAUCACUCAUCACUUCGCUGUGUGCCAUGUUGAUGCACCAGGUCAGCAAGAGGGAGCACCGCCAUUUCCAUCAGGGUACCAGUACCCAUCCAUGGAUGAACUGGCUGAAAUGCUGCCUGCUGUACUUACUCACUUAAACCUGAGAAGUGUAAUCGGAAUUGGAGUUGGAGCUGGUGCCUACAUCCUAGCUAAAUUUGCUCUGUCUGGCUGGACUAGCAAUCUUGUGGAUAUAGUGAUGACGCAUCAUUUUAGUCAUGAUGAAUUGCAGGCAGAUCAGGAGAUCAUUCAAACCUAUCGAUUACACAUUGCACAAGACAUUAACCCUGACAACCUUUCAUUGUUUGUGAAUUCCUACAACAGCCGUCGAGAUUUAGAUAUAGAAAGGCCUGUACCUGGAAUGAGUGAAGACACUGUGGACACACUCAAGUGUCCUGUAUUGUUGGUGGUGGGAGACAGUUCGCCUGCAGUUGAGGCUGUGGUGGAAUGCAAUGCACGACUCAAUCCAACCAGGACCACACUUCUGAAGAUGGCAGAUUGUGGAGGAUUACCGCAGGUGGUUCAGCCUGGGAAAUUAACAGAAGCUUUCAAAUACUUCGUUCAGGGAAUGGGCUACAUCCCGUAUGUUCAACUCGGCCACCUGAACAGCGAGUCAGUGCCAACAGCUAGCAUGACCAGGUUGGCUCGAUCUCGUACACAUUCUGCUUCCAGCGUUGGAUCUGGAGAUGGUGCCAAAAGUCGGUCUCAUACGAACACACACAUUGAUGGUAUGGCUACCACUCCUGAGGCAGACGACAGCAGUCCCACGCCAAGGACUAUGGAGGUGUCCUGCUAAGCACCAUCCUCAGUCAGUUUGAAAUGAGGUCUACAGAGGAACUGGUUAUCAAGCUUGGAAACGGAAUGUAGAAUUUGCAAUCUUACAGUGCACUCCAUUGCAUUAGACUUAUGCACGCCCACCUAGUAUUCAUACUUGACCUUUCUUUUCUUUUGUGUUACUUGGGGUGUGUAUUUUUCUGUUGCUGUGUGUCCAAGCAUAAACUGGAAGUUAGAACAAUCAGUUUUCUCUGUAAACAGGUUAAUAAUCAGUUGCACACUUUGGAUAAGUUGUCUUCCUCCUGAUGGUUAAAUUUUGAAAAACGAAUGCACUUGUUCAUUCCUUAUUGUUCUUUGUGUGUUUUGUCAGUGCUUGUCUUUUGUAAUUUUUUGUGAAGCUUUUGGCAGAUGGAUUUUCUAAGUAUGCUUCUGGAAGGUAGUGUGUGCCCUACUUGUACAGUUUGUGCUUUACCAUUAAACUUACUGAAAGUUU